AUGAUUUUUUAUAUUACUUGUAGAAAUAAAAAUUUCUUGCACUCCUUUUUUUACAUAAAAAACUAUUCAUCGGUAUUAAGAUUUAUAAAUAUGACAACAGGAGUUAAAAUGUUCCCAUUAUUAUUAUAUAUAGUACCCUUGUGCUUGUCUAUUAAGUCUAAAAAACCUUCAGUUAAAAACAUUUAUAUUUAUGAACCAGCCAUCUUGAUAUCAGAAUUAGAAAAAAUAGCCGAAGAAUUUGAAGACCAUUUAAAAGGAUCAUAUACACAAACCGUAAUAUUUUUUACUAUAGGUACAUACCUUCUUCUAGCAGGAAAUCUAACACAAAAAUUAUCUUUAACCGUCAUUUUAUCAUUAUUCAUUGCCCACUACAUGGAUCUUAUCGUAAACACUGAUACUUCUACAUGGCCUUUAUCUUCUAUAUUUAAAUAUAUUCAAGAUUUAUUUAAACAGUCAAAUAAUCCUUAUGUACCAAUAUUAAUAAUAUCUUUAGUUGUAGCACUAAUAGUGACAUUUCUACUGAGCGGAUUUCGUAUUAUUUUCAGCCUUGCAGCUGUCUAUUUCUUUUUUAUUACCUAUGUAGGUUCAGUAAUUCGAAUAGAAGAUGCUUCACAGAAAUAUAUUUUAUAUGGAUCAAUAGUGGUCAUUUUUCUUAUGAUCUACUUAAUUUAUGCUAAAGCGUUAAAUGUUAUCUUUAUAUUACUGUUUAGUAUAACUGGGUCAUUUAUUGUUUUUUUAUCGGUAGAAAAAGUAUUUGAUUUUGAUUUACAGCUGUCUCAUAUAUUCAUCGCAUUAAAAGAUGAUUAUGAGGCUACAAGACCAUCUUUAACAAGCAUUUUAUUUUUUGUACUAACACUUCUAGGGACAUAUAUUCAGUUAGUAUUUGUAUCGCCGAUAAAUCAUUUAUAA